ACACUUGGUUUCGACAGUACAGGCGGCAUGACGUUCGCGUGUAUUAUUUUAACCGUUACGAGUUUGGGCCGACUAAAUGCACUUCGUUGCCUAACGUAUACUGCGUACAGCUGUGUCGGGAAAAAUAUAUCUCACGCAAGUUUUCGCGUUGUAAAUUUUAUUCGUCGACAUGAUGCAGUCUACUCGUAGAGGCGGCAGUUGCACAACGCAGCAACCGGGCAAUCGCUUCACCAAACAUGCUGCCCUCAAGCUGCCGUGGUGCGGAUUAAAAUCCCAACGGUAUUUUUCAAGUCGUCAUUUAGGCAGAUCCAUCAGCUGCUUGCUGUCUCCUCGUUUCCUCUGCAAAUACAUUAUAUAAUUAUGGAUUUGUUGCGUUGAAAAGGUGAGCUGAUGUCCCAAUUUUUAAGCGUGUCAUUUUUAACGUGCAUAAAUUAUGAAUUUCAUGUUUGUCCACUUAUUGAUGGUUUGAUUAAGCCCAAUAUUUCAAAUUUAAAAAAAUUCCAAUACUGAAACGUUAUUUUGAUAACAGACGGAUCUCUUCACAAUUCCUAAAUUUACAGUUACGCGUAAACGCAUGUAAUUGGACAAGAAUAAAAAAAAGUUAGUGAAUUUUUUUAGGGUGCCUCAGUAAUUUAUCAUCUGCAUAUGCGAUAAAAGGGAUUUUUCUUAUUUUCUACAACAGCGCACAAAAACAGACCAGCCUUAUAGAUGCUUAAUUUGUAUGUGAUGAAUCAUGUCUUUUUUUUAGGAUUUAAGAACAGAAGUAAGUAAUAUAAUUUCUAUCAAGUUUUGUGUCUAUACUAUUACACAAUAUACUGACGAUAACGAGGAAUGAUUGAUUAGCUUGGUACGACCUCGUUUCGUUCUUGCCACGUACAGAGGUGGUAAUAUUGCGUUUGAUUUUUUGUUUUGUUUGUUAAUAACUAUACUGCCUGGUAAGGGGGGGGGGGGGGCGGGGGUCGACGUGAAUCUGAAACGUGUCGUGUAGGCUACUGUUUUUUUUUAGCUUGACGUAAAGUUGUGAAACCCAGGUCUCAUGACGAAGAGGAAAUAGGAUCGGCCAUUAGGCAAGCGAGCGUACGUGAGCACAGAGUUCAGCAGUUUUUUUUUUUACGCUGUUGUGUUCGAGUGACUAGUAGGCGAAGGAAGUUCUUAGGGAUGCUGAAUGCAUUUUUGUUUCGACUCGUGUGAAAAACGAAGCUUCUGAACGGGACGUUGAGACGAGGAAAAGAAAAGCGCACGUGUUGACGCAGAACUGAGGCAGCAUGCGGUGGUGUUGCUGAUGAAGUAGCAUUUUCAUACGCUGUACGGUAUUCACAUUCCCACCAGCACAAGGGUGGGCUUAGUUAAUUCGAAAUCAGCAUUGUUACAUUCAUCCAUCGUCCACGCAUGAAGAGGAAGCAACCUCAGGCAAAGAACCGGCUUAGCAAGAAGAUGGAACCGGACGACGACAGCGCAGCCCUGCCCCGGGUGCACACCCUGCAGAGUGGCGCUCCUCUCUGCGAGUACCUGAAGCACUGCGUGGGCGUCGUGUCCCCGCCCGACGUGUCCUUGGAGCAGCUGCUGGAGGACACCAGGGAGUUCCCUCGGCCGUUCCCCGUCCAGUCGGUCCGCUGCAGCGAGAUCCUGAAGGCCGGCGACGUCACGCGAGCUGAGCUCCAGCACCACGUCAACUCCGCCUACCCCCUCCUGCACGAGUCCGCACUCCCCCUCUUCGUCAACUUCCUGGUGCACAAGAAGCUCAACGGCACCGCCUUGGAGAAGGUGGUCUACACCAACAUGGGCAUCGUCGACCUGGCCCAGCGGUUCCUCGACAAGAGGGCCGUGUCCUUCUUCGGGAAGCAGGACAACUACCUGCUGCUGAACGGGAAGACGGGGAAGGGAGGCUGGGAGACCGUGGGGAAGAACUUCAACAAGGAGAAGGCCCCGCUCGUCCUGGUGAACUGCCUCAGCUACGAGGAGAUGAAGCUGUCCGCGUUCCUGUCGGUGUCCUCCCACUCGGUGUUCGUCAACGACGGCAACCGGAACAACCGCGGCGAGGUGGCGCCGCCCGGCGACAUCCAGAGGCAGGGCGUCGUCAUCGGCCUCAUAGGCACCAGGCUGUCCCGGCCGGACUUCAUGGAGUGGCAGGAGGUGAUGGUGACCAAGUCCCAGAAUGUGGCAGGCAACGGCUAUGGCCCGAGCAGCGCUCCGGGGCUAGCAUCGCUGUCGCAGCAGAUCGCUUACAGUUGGAGACAAAUCUGGUCACAGUUCUACGGCGUGUCUCCUCACCUCCCCCUCUACGAGGAUGUGGAGAAGAAAGUCGGGGAGAAAGUCAAGCCCGAAGAGACGAGGUACGUGCAGCUGCCGAAGGACGUGGGCAUAUUCGACAACCAGAUUUUCAAGAAGAGGGUGUCGGCCUCAAUAGAGACGUUGCUGCUGGAGGCCGAGACCCGGGCGGUCGAAAAGAACACCACUGCUUACGUCUACGUGGUCGGCAUCGGCCUCGGCCUCUGGAAAGUUUCGAAGCACCAAGAGAGAGUCUUCCUCGCCGCCUUUGCAGAGUGCGUGAGGCGGCUCCAGGACAGACUCACGCACGUCUCCGACCUGCACUUCGGGUGGUUCGGCGAGAGCAACUGCGGUGGAGUGUCUAAUGGCGGGAAGUUCGAAUCGGGCAUUCGGGUCGCCUUCUCGAAGAGUCCGCCCCACAAGAAGCUGCCCGGCGCGGACGACGGGAAACUGCUGGUGGUCUCGUACGCCUGGGACAGCAACGCCUUUCCCGGCAACGAGUUUUGGCUCGGAAAGCUCGCCUCUUCGGGCGACUCUGCUGCCGCCUGUUCGACCCAGAUCACGGAGCUCCACAACCCGGUCAUCAACUCCAACCGAGUAUGCGGUUCGAACUUGCACGUAGCUUCCCCGCAGUGGGGCGUGCUCCAUAUAGCUGACUACGCGCGGAAGAAACUUGCCGAACGUCACCAGGAAUGAGGCGCUUUUCACUUUACUAGGGGCAGCACGAGUGUUAGUCGUUGUUUGCUAUUAUGUACAUAAUUGUUUUUAUUUUUUUGUAUAUUUGAAAAAUAUCUGUGCACAAUGAAGCUAAGAAUGGUUCGUAGGUUUCCCCAGCCAUUGUCUGAGGUUUCUGGGCUUGUGGGUUUUUGCAGCAUCAAAAGUGAAGAGUUUGCCAACAUUUCUGUUGUUUUGCAGCCAAAAAUCCAAGAACUCUCAAAAUGUUUACUUGUAUUUGAAAUCUGUAUUUAUUUUGUUAUGUAAUCGUCUGGUAGAGACAGAUCCAAAACGUGGUUAUGUAUAACAAGUUCAGUUGCAGGAAAAAUGUAUAUGUUGUUUUUCAGGAAUUGAAAAAUACACAACAUAUUUAAAAA